AUGGCAGUAACACCACUUUCCCCACCGUUGACUCCUCAACCAGGGCUCAUCCCCGCUUCUAAGGGAGUAACUACUGAGGAGAUGUAUCUGGCCGCGGAGAAACUCAAAUUCACCAUCCCGGAGGGACAUAAGGAAGAUUAUAUGAAGUUGUUGGCCAAGACGGAUGCCGCUGCUGCGAUCAUCUUAUCACAGGAAGACUACAAACCCAAACCUGACUUUGAUCGUUUUCCCCGUACGAAUGUCCAUCUUCCUAAAGGUGCCGACAACCCUAAUCUAGCUUUCGCUUGGAGGGCCGAUAUUGGUGAUCCGGUCGAUAGCACUGGCAAGUUGUUGAGUGGUAAAAAGGUUGUCUUCAAGGAUACUAUCGCUGUGGCAGGUGUCCCUUUGGUUUUUGGUACCAACGCUUUUGAGAAUUAUAUUCCCGACGUAGAUGCUACCGUCGUCACUCGUGUCCUUGAGAAUGGAGGGCAUGUUCUCGGUAAAGCGGCUUGUGAGAACUUCUCUCACGGCGCAUCAUCCUCCUCGUCACCUUAUGGUCCCGUCGAGAACCCUUACGCAUAUGGCUUCUCUGCCGGUGGAUCCAGUUCGGGGUGCGGUAGUCUCAUCGGCGCCGGUGUGGCCGACAUGGGUAUCGGUGGUGAUCAAGGUGGAAGUAUCCGUAUUCCCGCAUCACUUUGCGGAAUUGUUGGCUUGAAGCCGACUUUCGGAUUGGUGCCGUACACCGGGGUACUCACCUCCGAUGCGGGUGUUGAUCACGUUGGUCCCAUGGCGCGAACUGUGCUUGACACCGCCCGCCUCCUUCAGGCCGUAGCAGGAUACGACAAGCUCGAUGAUCGUCAACUUGGUGCACCCCUUCCAGAAAACGUACCCAAAUACCCCGAGCUCGUCCUUGCCUCUCGUCCCCAGGGUGUCAAGGGCAUGCAUAUUGGUGUUCUCAAAGAAGGAUUCUUGGACCCUUCUAUGAGCCCGGAUCUGGAGAAGGUAGUACGUGCUGCCAUCGAGAAGUACAAGGAGCUUGGUGCGAUCGUAGAAGAGGUUUCUGCGCCUACUCACAAAAUCUCCGGAUCGCUAUCCCACAUCAUUAACAAGUUCGCUUCAGGAGGUACUCGUCAAGGUCGUCAAGUCGGACGUAGAGGUCUUUACAUGACCGAUUACUGGGCCCAUCUCCUCCCUUGGACUCAAGAGAAAUACGACAAAGCGAAAUACUACGUCUCUGGUACUGCCAUGUCAUGCGAGUAUGGCUGGGUCAAAUACCCAACUGCCUACGGCAAAGCUCAGAAUGUCACUCGGCGACUGAGAGACGAAUAUGAUGCGUUGUUCGAAAAGUACGACGCUAUUGUCAUGCCUACCAAUUAUCAACCAGCAAGGAGACAUAUUCCCGUUGGAGCUGGACCUUUGGUGUGGAACGAAGUUGGCCCGGGUAUCACUGCCAACACGGCCGCUUCCAACCUCACCGGACACCCAUCUAUGACUUUUCCUGUGGGUUUCACCUCUCCCAUGCCGGCCGACGUUCGUACCCCUGAAGACGCCCAAGUUCGUUUGCCUGUAGGAUUGAUGAUUAUGGGAAAGUUGUUUGAUGAGACUACGGUACUCAAAGUUGGUGAUGCUUGGGAACAAGCAUAUGAUUGGAAAGUGCAGCCUUAG